UGCAGGCUCCGCGGCGAGGGAGGUGGACGCGGCCGGCGCAGCCCGGAGGCAUCCCCGGCGGUUCUCUAGUGGGAGGUCGCGGCAGCGGUCCUGGGCGGCCCUCUCCGGGGGCAGCGUCGCCGCACCCUCCCGCGGGGCGCGGAGGCAGCGGACAGGGGGGCUGCCUGGAGCUGGCGCGCCGGUCCGGGCAGGGCCCGCCACACCCGGCCGCCCGGCCGCAGCUGCAGCGGAGCCUGGGAUGACCCAGGGGCUACUCGGGGGUAAGAGGGCGCAGCUGCGCGCAACAGCCGGGGCCGCGGCAGGUCCGCAACUUUGCCGGCACUGGAGCGCGCUCCCGCCCAGCUGGGAGGACCCGACCCGCCAGCCGCCGCGCCCUGGCCAGCCCGGGAGCGCCGAGGUCCCUUCGGGAGCGCAGUCCGCCGGCCCGAUCGCGCAGGUCCCGCAGUCAGCGCCCGGCCCGUCCCCGGCGCACCUGCUGCGCCCUUCUCCCGCUUCACCGAGCUCCCCUCCCCCGCCUCGGACAACUACGCGCUCUCCCGGGGCCUCCCUGUCCUAGGGAGGUGCGGAGGCUGGAGGGGGAGGCGAGAGGAGGGGCGUGGGGACGUGGAAAGACAGUCCCAGCCUUCCCCGCCCGCCACCCCCACCCCAACUCGGCAGCCGUCACGUGGUGCCUGGAGUGGGAGGUGAGGAGAAGAGGCUAGACUUUUUGGAUGCUCGCUUCGCCAGUAGUUCCUUCAGUCUCAGCCGCCAACUCCGGGGACGCAGCGCCCCGCCCGAGAGAGCCGGCGAGAGGAGCAGCGACCGCAGCCCGGAGCCCCGCGCGGGCGAUGCGGGCGCCGCUGGCGGCACCUGCGGCUCCUCUCGGCGGCGACGGUCGCCUCGGCGACAGCAGCGCGGGCCACCGAAGCUCCGGCAGCCACCGCCGCUGCGGCGCGGGCAGGACCCGCCGCGCUCGCCGCCUCGGAGGCACCUGCCCGCUCCCGGCCCCGCGGCUCCGGGAGGAUGUGGAUCCUCGGCAUCGCAGCCACGUUUUGCGGAUUGUUCUUGCUUCCAGGCUUUGCGCUGCAGAUCCAGUGCUACCAGUGUGAAGAGUUCCAGCUGAACAACGACUGCUCCUCCCCGGAGUUCAUCGUGAACUGCACGGUGAACGUCCAGGACAUGUGUCAGAAAGAAGUGAUGGAGCAAAGUGCGGGGAUCAUGUAUCGCAAGUCGUGUGCCUCCUCCGCAGCCUGCCUCAUCGCCUCGGCCGGGUACCAGUCCUUCUGCUCCCCCGGGAAGCUGAACUCGGUGUGCAUCAGCUGCUGUAACACCCCUCUGUGCAACGGGCCACGGCCCAAGAAGAGGAGCAGCUCGGCCUCCACCCUCCGGCCAGGGCUGCCCGCCACCAUCCUGCUCCUCAAAGUAGGCCUCUUCCUGGCGCGCUGCUGAAUGAGAGCGCGCCCGCUGCAUCGUCCUUCUG